AUGGCCACCAGCAAAGGAAAGUACGAUGACUUACCACUGGCCAACCAUGGCCCACUCAAGGUGCCUCUUCAUGGACGGCUGCUUCUUGACAAUCCUUUCUACAACAAAGGCACAUGCUUCACGGCACAAGAACGUCUUGAUUUUGACCUUAAAGGUCUGCUGCCAACCAAUAUCCAGCAUCUGGAUGAUCAGGUCGAACGAGCCUAUCAACAAUACAGCAACCAAGGCGAUGACUUGUCCAAGAACACAUUCAUGACCAGCAUGGCUGAACAAAAUACCGUCCUCUACUAUAGACUAAUCCUGGACCACAUCAAAGAGAUGUUCAGUAUAAUCUACACCCCCACCGAAGGUGAUGCCAUCGAAAACUACUCCCGCAUAUUCCGCAGACCCGACGGCUGCUUUUUAAGCAUCAAGCAUCCGGAUGAAGUCGAGGAGCGACUGAGCAAGUUCGUGAGGGAAGGCGAGGCCGACGGUGGUGUUGAUUACAUCGUUGUUAGUGACGGAGAGGAGAUUCUUGGGAUAGGUGACCAAGGAAUUGGCGGAAUUCUGAUCAGUGUUGCUAAACUGGCCCUCAUGACGAUCUGUGCCGGCAUACAUCCCGAUAGGACUCUUCCCGUUGUCCUCGACGUGGGUACCGACAAUGAAAAGCUCCUCAACGAUCCUCUGUAUCUCGGCCACCGCUUCAAACGUCAUCGUGGAGAAUCGUACGAUGAUUUCGUCGAAAGAUUCGUCAAGGCCGCGAAGAAGCUCUAUCCGAAAGCAUACAUACACUUCGAAGAUUUUGGUCUGACCAAUGCAAGGAGACUCCUCGAUAGAUACCGAGACCAAACAGCAGUUUUCAACGACGACAUUCAAGGUACCGGCUGUGUCACUUUGGCUUCGAUCAUGGCCGCUUUAAGUGUUGCCAAGGUCGACUUGAAGGAUAUAAGGACGGUCGUUUUCGGCGCUGGGUCAGCUGGAACAGGUAUCGCUGAGCAAAUCCAAGCCGCUAUCGCCACCGAGGCAGGAAAAAGCAAAGACGAGGUGGUGGGCCAGAUAUGGUGCGUCGAUAAACCUGGGCUACUGGUCGACUCAAUGGGUGACAAGCUUACCAUUGCCCAAAAACCGUUUGCUCGAAAGUCAUCCGAAUGGGAAGAAAAGGACACCAAAUCCUUACAGGCCAUAAUCUCGGAAGUGAAACCGCACAUCCUGAUAGGCACAUCCACCAAGCCAGGUGCCUUCACUGAAGACGUCGUCAGGGAGAUGGCCAAACAUGUGGAGAGGCCAAUAAUCUUUCCUCUCAGCAACCCAACGCGCCUUCACGAAGCCAAACCCGAAGAUCUCAUCAAAUGGACCGACGGAAAGGCUUUAGUCGCGACAGGAUCACCAUUCCCGCCAGUCAAGCAUAAUGGCAAGAAAGUUGAAGUCGCCGAGUGCAACAAUUCGGUGUGCUUCCCCGGCAUCGGACUAGGAGGUGUUCUUUCUCGGACAAAACUCGUGACAGACAAAAUGCUUGUCGCCGCGACCGAGGCACUCGCCAAAGAAGCGCCCAUCUUCAAGGAUCCGAGUAAAGGACUCUGCCCCGACGUGGACGAAGCCAGACCAGUGAGCGUCAAGAUCGCGGCAGCUGUGAUCAAGACGGCCGUGAAAGAAGGCCUCGCACAGACGGAUAAUAUUCCUGUGGAUAAUGAUGAGGAUCUGGAGGAGUGGAUCAAGGCUCAGAUGUGGGAUCCAGUGUACCGGCCAUAUCAGAAAGCAUGA